ACUGUUAAUAUUUGUCUGUGGAAACAGCUGUGGCCAUUGUCUGUUAACUUGCUAGUCUAUUUAUUUAUUUAAUUCUAAACCAUGUCGAAUAUUCCACCUGUGCCACCACCUCCUCCCACUCCGCCCAUGAAAGUCACUCCUGGCACACCAGCUACAACAAAGGAACGUCCUGCUGCGGACCAUAUACCCACCGAUAAGUGCAGUUGGGCUGCGGAGUAUCCUGAGGUGCAGAAAGGAUGCUACUUAAGUCGCGUCUGCGAAGAUGCUCCACCAAAACACUGCCAAUACUACUCCGUAAACAGUAUAAUGCAGGUUGGACCCACUUGUGGCCUAGUGGCCCUAAGCAUGCUGCUCGGUGGCAGUCCCACGGCAGCUGAUCUCCUCAAGGAUGCAAUUGAGCAGGAGUAUACCCUAAAUGGCGAACUAUUUAGUGCCCAGUAUUUGUUUGAACUGACCAGGAAGCAUAUGCCAGGACCAGCUGCGUGCCAGUUGCAUGCCGGACCUCUGGACUGCAAAAAAGUCAGGGCACUUUUAAGUGCCGGAGGCUGUCUACUGGUGCCCUACGAUUCCGAUGUAAACCAUGCGCCAUGCGUUAGACACGGACACCGAGCGCAUUGGGCUUUGAUUGUGGGUUACCUGGUGGACCGGCUGGAUCGGUUUUUCGUCUUGGCUCGUCACGGUAAAUCCCGCAAUCUGGCCGUUUGGCUACUGGACACGCUCAGCGAAAGCAAUGAACAUUUGAAAGAGUUUGCCCAACCCAAAGGCUACCCAGACGAUGAGUUUCUGCUGCCACCGGGUGGAAUUGGUGGAUCUCUGGGUCUCAACGAGCGCUGCAUCCUAGUCAACGGACUGCCAAAGCAGGAAGACGAGCGCAUCCAGCACAAGCACAGGCACACUUGGGUCCAAGGAAUUUCCACGAAAAAUGUUUUCCACAUGGGCUCCUAGGCAAAGCAAACAAACAAAGGCUAACAGAGAGACAGAAUGAGGCGGAGAUACGCUAUAAUGGCAGACAAAGUGUUGCCGAAAGCUAUGAAAGAUGUGUCAUGGGCAAAACCCCGCCAUUCAGAUGCCUCACCAGCAACACCUCAUCCCAUUUGGAUGCCCAUUUCCACCUCAGCUCAGCUCAUCUCACCGCAACGCAACGCACAUUCAUCCCACGCUCUGUUGGUGCCACGCUGCGUAUGAGUAAUGAAAAGCGUAUUGAAAAGCGACGAGCGACAUUGAUUUAGUGUCCGUGCUCUCUAUAUCUAUAGCCACAGUAACAGCAAAGAAAAACCCAAUUUUCCGACUUUUAGCUACUUCUUUUAGGUAGCAUACUAUAUAUUAUUAUCCAUUAAAUAACAUACUAUCAAGCCAUUAGUAAUGUUUAGGCCUUUACAGCUGCCAUAAAAUUAUCUCUCACAUUUCUAGUUUGCUCUACAGUAUCAACGACCUCUGUAUGUUUGGCAAACGUAAGAUGGGUCAGCGGAAAAUAUUAAAAUAAUAAAUGUGUUAUUGCCAAAACACAAUACACCCUUGAACCUAAACCAAGCAUCAAGUGCCGGGUAAACAAGCCAAGAGGAAUAGCAAACUGGCACUGGCACAGAAAGCCAAUACAUUGAUUUGACCUUGGCCAGCACACGAAUCUUGUCAUUAGCUGACAACUGACAGCCGAUGGGGCGGCCAAGUGGGUGGUGGUAGGUGGUUGUGGAGGUCGGAGGCUGAAAAGAUGAUAGCCAGAAAGGGGAAAAGCAACAGCAACCGGAGCAGCAGUAGCGUGGAAGUGAACAAUGUGGAUACUCUCGACAUAAUUUACGCAUUUCGCCAUUAACCACUCAAUGGUCGGGGUGCGCAAAAAGCAGUAAGCGCGUUGGGGUGUGGGGCACACUAUAUAUGUAUGUAUAUAGGGGUGGCUGUACGGUCAUUAGAGGCGCAAUACAGCCUCCCUAUUCAGCCCCCAUGCCAUUCCAAUCCGAUCCAAUCCCUCCCCUCGUUCCAUGACACUUCUGCACAACGUUUAUCUCUGGCACUCAAGGACAAAUGACUUAAUUCCUGUCGUUGUGGCAACAGCACAGGAAAAAAAAAAGAAAAAAAGAGAAAAGCUGUCGGAGCUGUCAUCAACAGGAGCUUCAUAAGAACGAGAAAGCGACGAAGAGGGGGCAGCAGCAGGAUGUGGGCGUGGCAUUAUCCUCUACACAAAUUAUAAGACCUUAAUCGAAGGGAAUAUAGACGCACAGAUGGGCCAGAAAUCACAAGUUUCUUUCUUUUGAUUGAUUUGCUCACGGCCUUGAGAUUUAUUUAUGGACUUUAUUAGGCAAACAGCCAAGGGCUACGCAGCAUCGAGAUGACCAGCGAACGAGAAGUGAUUAGAAACACAAAUAUAUCGCACAUUUAAAACAUACACUUUAGAAAUAAUUAAACAAUGGCAAACGACCUGUUUCUUUUCGCAGUUGAUACUGCGAGUGUUAUUGCCAUGAAAAAUUAAUGAGCCGAACACUCCGAUUAAAGCACUCAUAAAACAUUUAUGAGUACUCAACCCAGCAGAACACAUACAUACAUAUUCAUUUCGACGAUUCCUUGCAGUCCUUUCGAAAUUUUCGGAAACUAGGGUACUGCUAGGUACAAUUUACACAGGUCUCUUGUUUUUCAGUUUAAGCCCGUUAUGGCCAUGGAAUAUUCAUCAUCCCAACACCCCGCUCAAAGCAAACCAGUUCCACUGCUCUUGCUCUUGGUUUUGCUGUUCGCCGAAGGAGCAGGAGUCCAACUGCUAAUGGUGCCUGCCCCGGCCUGGCACCUGCGGGCAUGGAUGCGAACGGGUGCGGGA